AUGUGCGGCAUCUUCGCCGUCAUCGGCCUCACGGGCGACCCGCUGCACAACAGGAAGCGGGUGUACGGACUGUCCAAGCGCAUUCGCCACCGCGGCCCGGACUCGUACAAGAUGGACGUUUCCAUCAAGGAGGACGGUAAGCAGACGUACAUGGUCCACAAGCGCCUCUCCAUCGUCGCGCCCGGCCCGUCGGGUGAGCAACCGCUCUACACCGACGCGUCGCACGACACCACCUUCAUCGCCAACGGCGAGAUCUACAACCACGGGCACCUCCGCGAGAAGUACAACAUCGUGUCCGAGAACAAGAGCGACUGCCAGGUGAUCGGUCACCUCUACGAGCAGAACGGACCCGAAUUUAUCCGCGAGCUCGACGGGAUGUUCGCGUUUGUCAUCGAGGAUCGCAAGACGGGCACCAUCAUGGCGGGCCGCGACCACAUGGGCAAGAUUCCCUGCUACAUCGCCUACGGCAAGGACGGCAGCGUGUGGUUCUCCAGCGAGAUGAAGACCCUGGUCGACGACCCGGGAAUCGCCAAGUACGAGAUUUUCCCGCCGGGCCACUACUACAUCCGCGAGAAGGGUGAGACCGAGGGCAAGAUGGUCCGCUGGUACGACCCGAAGUGGGUCACCGACGUGGAGUACAUCCCCGAUCGCAAGGCGGACUACACCGAGCUCAGGGAGACCGUCGUCGACGCGGUGAAGAAUCGCCUGAUGGCGGACGUUCCUUACGCGGUGCUCCUCUCCGGCGGCCUCGACUCCUCCCUCAUCACCUCCAUCGCGGUGAGGCACAAGAAGGAGUCCAAGAACACCUUCGGCGCGGACGAGCCCGUGCAUUCCUUCUCCAUCGGCAUCAAGGGCGCGCCCGAUCUCAUCGCCGCCAGGAAGGUGGCCGACGCCCUCGGCACCGUCCACCACGAGAUCCACUUUACCCCCGAGGAGGCGCUCGACGCGCUCCCGGAUAUCGUCUGGCACCUCGAGACGUUCGAGCAGGUCCGCGCGUCCGUGCCGAUGUACCUGCUGUCUCGCGCCAUCAAGAGCUACGGCUUCAAGAUGGUGCUCUCCGGCGAGGGCGCGGACGAGCUCUUCGGCGGCUACCUCUACUUCCACAAGGCUCCCUCCGCCGCGGAGUUCCACAAGGAGUGCGCCAGGAAGACCACCCGCCUGCACCAGUGGGACGUCCUUCGCGCGAACAAGUCCACCAUGGCGUGGGGCAUCGAGGUUCGCACCCCGCUUUUGUCCCAGCAGGUGUGCGACUACGCCAUGAACACCGACCCGGAGCAGAAGAUGAUCCGCAUGAACGAGACGGACGAGGACGGGCACCCGUUUCUCGAGAAGUACCUCCUCCGCAAGGCUUUCGACACCCCCGACCAGCCUUACCUCCCCGACGAGGUGCUCUGGCGCCAGAAGGAGCAGUUCUCCGACGGCGUCGGCUACGACUGGGUCGACGGCCUCCAGGACUACGCCAACAAGAUGGUGAGCGACGAGCAAUUCGCCAACCGCGAGCAGAGGUUCCCCCUCAACCCUCCCACCACCAAGGAGUACUACCUCCUUCGCGAGAUCUUCGAGGAGCACUUCGUCACCGGAAUGGAGAACGGCGACUGCGCGUACGCCACCUGCCCCUUCGGUAAGUCCAUCGCGUGCUCCACCCCCGAGGCGGUCGCCUGGGACCCGGAGUGGGAGAAGAGCGUGGGCGACAUCUCCGGCCGCGCGGUUAAGAACGUGCACGUGGCGGGUGACAAGUUUGACCUCAAAAAGGACGGGGCUGGCAAGGACACGAAGUCCUCGGCGAAGGAGAAGAAGCCGGCGGAGGCGGCGAGCGUGAUGGCCAUCAUCGGCGGACACGCGGGCGUGAGGGGGAGCGUGGCGGUGAAGGCUGCCAAGGGCCCCGUGAAGAGCGGGGCGAGGGCGCUCGGCGGGCGAGGACGCGCGGCUGUCAAGUCGCGGUUUGUCGGCCUUCGCGCCGUCAGGGCGAGCGCGGUGGCGUUCGCGUGAUGA